AUUUUCUGAUCAUAACAGGUUGAGUUGACUCUGCAGGAGAAGAUGUGCAAUGGAAUGAUAGAGUCACUAUCCAAUGCCUGUUGGGCCCAUACCUCAGCCACUAAACGGGCCGUGUUGUUGCUGCUGGUACUGACUGUCGUGUCCACUGGGCAAGGCUCAGGAUGCGUGAGGCCAUAUAUGGUCCAGAACAGCUGGGUAAACCUCACAGAAACCAACAGGGGCUCGUUCCCUGUGGGCACAGUACUGCAGUACAGCUGUGACCCUGGUUACCUGCCAGACGGACCCAGCAUCCUCACCUGCUCCACACUGGGACGUUGGUCCUCUGAACCCCCUCGCUGCAUACGCAGUGGUGCAUGUCUACCCCUCUCCAAACCUGAGAAUGGGGGCUACACCUGCCAUCCAUCCCCCUGUCGAAUGUUUUCUCAUGGCACUGUGAUUGAGUUCUUCUGUGAUGAGGGCUUCGUUGUCAGUGGAGACUACAACUACCUGACCUGCCAGGAUGGACAGUGGGAUGGCCCCAUGCAGAUCAGUUGCGUGAGCCAAGGUUGUAUAAGACCCUCUUCUGUGCAGCAUGGCUCAACUAAUCUGACAGACACCAACAGGAGUUUAUUCCCUGUGGGCACAGUACUGCAGUACAGCUGUGACCCUGGUUACCUGCCUGCUGGACCCAGCAUCCUCACCUGCUCCGCACUGGGACACUGGUCCUCUGAACCCCCUCGCUGCAUACGCAGUGAUGUAUGCCAAUCUCCAUAUCAGCCAGAGAACGGUGGCUACACCUGCCACCCUUCCGCAUGCGGACGGCUUUCUCACGGCACUGUGAUUGAAUAUUUCUGUGAUGAAGGCUAUAUUCUGAAGGGAGAUUAUAAAUACCUUACCUGCCAGUAUGGGGAGUGGGACAGCCAAGUGAAGCUCAGCUGCCUCAUGGAGCAAGACCACAAUCCAACUCUACCGUUGGGGAUGCCUGCCUUGUCCAUAGUGGCCUCCACAGCCAGCUCAGUGGCCCUGAUCCUGCUCCUGGUGGUGCUGUUUGUACUUCUGCAGCCAAAACUCAAGUCCCUCCAUCGACGCGAUCAGGGUGUGUCCGGCCAGCCCGUGUCAAUCAUGGUGGAAGGAGUCCAGGUGACUCUGCCUUCAUACGAGGAAGCUGUGAACAGUAAUGGAGCCUCAGCCUCAGCCGAGUCUCGAGUCCAGAUCGUGCUGUCUGAGGGUCAGCACGCCACAACGCCAGAGGCUGGCCCCUCUAGGCCUUCUUCCGUCAAGCAGCAGCAGUCAGAGAUGGCUGUGGUCCACCCUGUACCACCGUCCUCAUCCUCCUCGUCACCCUCACCCUCAUCCUCUGCCUGGGUUCUGGAGCAUGCAGGUGCUGCAGCUCCUUCAUCCUCACAAAGACGGCCGUCUGCGGGCAGCGACCAUCACAGCCUGUCUCUGGACUCUGAGAUGGACUACUCUGAUGAUAUGCCACUGCUGAAGGAGGCCUGAAAAAUGCUGCAGCCUUUGGACUUACCCGAGACAACCAGCAUUGCUGCUGACCUGUACUGGUGAGCGGGGAUGCCUCCUUGAGAGUUUGUCAACACAGCUGUCCACACAGACAAGCCCAACUAAAGAGGCUCUGAGUGUCAGUGGGUCACUCCGAAUAGUUCCUCUGACCAUCCCAAAGGAGAACAGAGAAGGGAUGCACAUGUACAUACAUGCUUACAUUUUUUUACUACACUAUGUAUGUACGUCUAAUGUCCGAAGCUCAGUUUGAAAAUGUAGAAGAAAAACAGACAGGAACAGGCACCUCCUGAAGGAGUGUGUCUUAAAGGCUGUUGAAAAAAAAUGACUGAUGUAUUUCAGUUGAAUGGGCAAAGCUGCAAAUUCACUUUGGGAGCUAAUAAUCUCAUCAGUGACUUGUUUAGUUUCUUUUCUUUAACCACAUAUCACCCCAUUUCAGACAUAUUGGCAAAGAUGCAUGAAGGCCAGGUAAUCUAGAGAAGAAGCCAUGCACACUUCCAACAUUGUCUUCAAAUAGUUUUGUGAUUCAAAAUCAUUAUUUAAGGUGUUUAUUAAUCAUGACUCAUGUCAUUCCACGUGUCACUGUACAGUUUCAGGCUGCUUGCCUACCCAAGGGUUCACACUGCUGCGUUUUUCAUUGGAUUGAGGGCAAACAUUUUGCAAAGAGUUCAUGUAUUCUCUUCAUUAUCAUAGCCCUCAAUGGCCUUAGCUUUCCACUUCUAUGCACAGGUAUCUAUAAUAUGUAAAAUAAGGAAUUUUAAAAAGGAAUGUCAGUUAAAUGCCUCCACUGCUUAGUGAUAUUAUGUGUGGCUUUGUCAGACACAUCACUUGUACACCAGAAAAUAUUAUUCUCUUAAUUUAUGCAGGCUGCUCGGGUUCCUGUUUUAGGUCUUAACAGGAAACUAAAGUGUGUAUUUAAUUUAUUUUUGUCUAGAACGCUGUUGAUCAGCCAUGGCUUCUUUUGAUGCUUUCACAGCUCUUGGAAACAAAAACUAGGUCUUUUCACUUUGCCGCUUCAGUUUUAAUUCGACUGCAGGCACGUUAUAUGUGGUUGGGAAGAUCCAACACAAAAAUGGAAGUAAGUGUACAGAUUAGUGUAAUGUCAGUGUUCACUUUGUUUGACUGUCCAUUGAAUUUUCUGUUGGACUGAGGAAUUGAUAUUUUUUUUUGUGAAGAUGGUAUUUUAAUAUAUGUAAAAAGUUUUAAGUUAACUCUGUAUAUACCAUACGACCAUUUUGAUUAAAUAUUAUUUGAGGUGUUCAAA